AUGCCUCCUUUCGAUUUUGGGCAGAGUCUCGUCCGCGCAUGCUCCGUGUGCGCGCUGCGUGUAGCGGAAGAGGCUUUCGCUCCGGUCCGCACCUUUCCGGUAUCAGCAGCAGCUCCUCCGCAGACAGCGAGCCCCGGAGAGGGAGGGAACCCGACUUACAGAGCCUCCCGAGCCCUUACACACGGCCUUAGACCCUCCUGGGCACAUCAACCGGAGAGAAGAAACUCGGAUGAAUCAAUGACCUUUUUCGCUGUUUCUAUCCCUGGAUGUCUGGCUACGGAUUCGGGCGAAAAGAGGCUUUUAUCCGGGUGCGAGUGUGGUGUGGACACCCCGGCUGCUGCCAAGGAGGAAGUGAGAAACCCGGGCUCUUACAGGGCCUGA